CUUCCCGCUAGUCCCCUAGGGGAAGGAAGGAGGGAAACACACACAAUCACAUUUUCGAAAAUGCACAUCCGCCGUCUCCAGCUCGACUUCGACUCCGACGAAGAGCAAGCCGAUGUUCCGCCUCAGCCACACAAACCCACUCAUCAAGCUCCGAACCCUACCAAUUCCCCCCCGGAACCAGUUAUAAUCUCCGAUGAGGACUUCGUCGACGUCUCCGAUGACCCAUCGCCGCCAUCCCCACCACCUGCGCCGGUUCCCCAACCUCACGCUCCCGGCUGUCCCGUCAGCUAUUUUCUCCGCCGCCUUGGAUUGGGCCUGAAGCGAGAGUGGCUGGCUGAUUGUCUUCGCGCGCUCCAAGGCUCCGUGAGGGGAUUCGAAGGGCUCGAUGUGGCCGCACAUGCCAAGCUUUGUUUCGAGCAGUUUCUGUUUGCUGAUAUGAACUUCUGUGGUGGCGGCGUGCUUCCUGCGAAUGUGGAUUCCAUGCAUCUCGAUGUUCUCCCUGGUCCCUAUGUAUUGCAGGUUGAUGAAAUACUCAAUAUGAGUUGUCCUCUACGAGGCAGAUAUCAGAAAGCCAAUCCUGGAGUUAAAAGGUGCCUGAAGUUGUCAAUGACUGAUGGUGUUCAGAGAGUCUUUGGAAUGGAAUACAGGCCUAUUCAAGCUCUUGACGUUUGUGCCCCUUCUGGUUUAAAGGUUUCUAUCUCUAAUGUAAAGGUACGUCGUGGACUUUUGAUGCUGGACCCUGAAACCGUUCAAAUUAAAAUUUUGGGGGGAUUAGUUGAGCAGCUGGAUGCAGCACGACAGCGGUUGGUUAAGGAAUUAAAUAAGCCACCUAGGGGGACAAGAACCAAAAAUGGAGUGCUUCCUCCUUUGUCUACUAGAGCAACUCUUGCUGCAUGGCCUUCAAGUAGAGUUGAUGAUCCUGGGCACACUGCCCCGAUGUUGCACAGUACCGAUUCUGUCCACACAAACAACCAAGCAACAGGUGCUGGCCUGAGCAUGCCUCACACUGGUCACCGCUUAACAUCUGAAGAUACUCUGCCCAUGGGUGAACAAAAUGCUGCUUCCAAUUCAAUACCUCACACGGUUUCAAAUGCUGAGGCCAGGAAUAUGGAUGUGCAUAGGGGUACCUAUCCUGUGUCCAGUGAUAAUUCUAUGGGUAACCAGUUUCCUUCUAGUUUUGCAAGGGCUGAGGUGCAUGUAGAUACUCCUUAUAUCACUAGGCAAAAUUCUGUUGGCAACCAGUCUUCUCAUGCACACUCAAAUGUUGCUGCGACACAUGGAGAUACUAUUCAUGUAACAAGAGAAAGUUCUGUGGCUACUAUGUGCUCUCCUAUUGCUGAAAAUGUUGAGACUGACAAGUAUAGAAACAGAAUUCCUGUAACCACAAUAACUGAUAGUACUCCUCUGAGAGGAUCCUCCUCUACUGUUUCAACAACUGAUGAUAUCCUGAUGGGUGAUGCCAGUGACCAUCCACUCAUACUGUCCCCAGAACCUGGUAAUAUCAUCAGGGAAAGUUCUGUUGGCAACCAAUCUUCACACGUGCAUUCAAAUGUUGCAGUCGCAGACAAAGAUAAUGUUCAUGUAACAUGGGAAAGUUCUGUGGCUACUAAGUGCUCCCCCAUUGCUGAAAAUGUUGUGACAAACCAUGAUAAAAUUCCUGUAAUUACAAUUUCAGACAAUGUUCCUCUAAGAGGAUCCUCCGCUGUUUCAAACACUGACGAUGUCCUGAUGGUUGAUGCUGCCAGUGACCAUCCACUCAUGAUGUCUGGUGAUCGAGAAGUUCCUUUUACAUACUUAGCUAGUUUAUCAGCCAAAUGGGCUGCAAUGAAAGAGAAAUCUCGUCUGGUUCAGGGUAAAAUUAAGUGCUUUUUGACCGGUGUAAAAGGAUUCCAGUAUAAGAAAAGGACGACAUAUGAGCUUCAGGCAUAUGUAGAUGAUGGUAGCCUUAUUUCUGAAAUUAUCAUUGAUCAUGAUGUUGUACAAAAAGGAAUUGGUUAUUCUCCUCAGGAGGUCACUGCGGCUCUUUCUUCUACUGACAUGAAAACAGUCCAAAACAUGAAGGAGACAAUGCGUAAAUUCCAAGCUUUUUUGGCAAACUUUGAGGGAAUAAUUCGAGUAGAAUUCAAUAGGAAAUCUCCCAUUCCACUUGCCCUAGAGAUGAAUCAAGGCUGUCCUCAAUCUGAUGCAUGGUUACUCAUGAGAAGGCUGAAGUCUCUUGACCCUGCACAAGUUCAAAAUCAUUCUCCUUUGGAUCCAAUUUAUUUAUCCCCGUAAUUAUCAGUUACCUGAACGGCUAAAAUUUCAUAAUUUGGCUUAACAGAGUUGGGCUCAAAAUUGCUACACCAACCAAACAUAAUUGAAUGUCAGUAUCUAUUGCAGCCGUUGUAUAUUCAAUUUGAGAAUAAAACUAUUGUCCACACUUCACCAAAAGCUCUUGCCACAAGAUCCUUGCAGAACUAAGAUGAGCUUAGAAAUGUUGCUCUAUGAGAUGGCCUGAUGUGAAGGUUCCAAGUUGAGCUUUGGCUGUCAAGAAAGCCAUUUUGGUGUUCAGGUUCAUCAAAACAAGGAAUGAUCUUCCCUUUAAUCCAAGUUCAAUGGAAGAAACAUCGUGAUUGAUUGACCUUAAAUGCCACCAUUACAGGAUUAGCAUGUGAUAAUUGUUGUCUGGGUUGUGCACUUCAGUAUAUCAUGAAUUAUCAGCCUUUCAUAUUUUUUAUGGUCAUUUGUGUGACCAUUUGAGGGUUAUUUAUAAGAUGAGAUAUCUGUUUCUUCUGCUAGGAUUGCUUGUACUUCAAGAAUGCCUAUAACAAUUAUUUGGCGAUUUAAUUUGAAAUGUAAAUUUUGGUGGUGAUUUUAGCUUUGCUCAGAUUUGUAGAUUUUGAUGUUACAUUUUUGUA